CACCGGGGUGAGGGAAGCAGCAGGAGGAGGAGGAGGAGGAGGGCGGCUUGUACCUGUGCGAGCAUAACACUCACAGCUUGGACCGGCGGAGGCUGCGGGCAGUCAGUGCUAGAGGACGAGCAAGGUGCCCGGAGUACAAGGGGUCAAUGCCCGCUGCCAGGUGCUGAGAGGAUGCGGAGCUGGCUGUGCGCGCUCUCCCUGCUGUGCGCCCUGCACCCCGGCUCCUCCAGCCGCUCUCUGGAGUGGUUCACCGCACUGGUGCGCACGGAGUACACGGAGCCCCUCAGCAACACCACGGUGCUGGGCGCCGCCGAGAGCGGCCGCUAUGGGGACAGCUCCCCCAAGGAGAGCGUCCAGGGCUUGGUGGGCUUCCCCCGGGAUCCGGGGCAGCUGGAGGGCUGUCACCCCGACGUCCAGUACGCGGUGCCCGGCAUGUCCGCCAGGGCCACGGAGGAGGGCGAGCCAUGGAUAGCUCUGGUGGCUCGGGGAGGCUGCACCUUCAAAGACAAAGUGGUGAACGCAGCCCGCAGGAGGGCAUCGGCCGUGGUCAUCUACAACGAGGCCAAACACGGCAACGGCACCUCCCCUAUGGCACACAUAGGGACUGGUAACACUGUGUUAAUAAUGGUUGGGUACCCAAAAGGAAUGGAUAUCAUGGAGCUUCUGAGGAGAAACAUACCAGUAAAGAUGAUCAUCACUGUGGGAACCAGACAUGUUCAGGAAUUCAUCAGUGGUCAGUCAGUGGUGUUUGUGGCCAUUGCCUUCAUCACAAUGAUGAUUAUAUCUCUGGCCUGGUUAAUAUUCUACUAUAUCCAACGCUUCCUAUAUACCGGAGCUCAGUAUGGAAAUCAGGGAAAUCGGAAAGAAACUAAAAAAGCCAUCAGCCAACUUCAGCUGCACAGAGUAAAGAGAGGAGAGAAGGGUAUCGACAUUGAAGCCGAAAACUGCGCGGUGUGCAUAGAGAGCUACAAACCCAAAGAUGUUGUUCGCAUCCUCCCAUGCAAACAUAUCUUCCAUCGACUGUGUAUAGACCCAUGGUUGCUCGAGCACAGGACAUGUCCCAUGUGUAAGCUGGAUGUUAUUAAAGCUCUUGGAUUCUGGGUGGAGCCUGAAGAGACGCUUGAAAUCCCUGUGCCUGAGUCCAUCGCUGGCAGCAGCCUUUCUGUUGGGACCUUAAGUUUUGCCCAAGAGGAGAACAGAAGUGAAAUAAACUACCUGCCUACAUCUUCAACAGGAGACACUUUACAGCAGUGUAACAGUGCCAAGGAAGACGCAGGGGAGACCACUGCACUGCUAGAUGAUCCUGGCAGUGAGGAUGUAUCCGGGGAACAAGCACAGAAUUCUGGAAUUCCUACUGCCCUCUAACCUUCCUGAUUAAGGCCCUUCAGACUGUGCUAGACAUUUUACGGGUUUUAUAAGCCAUGAAGUGACAUUUGGUUUAAUGAGAAGAAUCUGAGGCUUGUAACAGCCGGAUACUUAUAUUAUUAUUCUAUUUAAUUUAACACACAAGCCCUUUCUUCAAGCACAUACACUUGGUAUGUGUUACAUGUUUGUCUAUGAUCUGCAUAAGAGAGCAGAAGCAAAGACCGGUGACACUUUCACCCUUCAUGUCCAGCUACGGAUUAUGUGCAUUCCUUGAGGCGAAAGAAUGCCUAAACUUUGUGGACUAGAUUGUACCUGUGAUGUGCUAGUCCGCCCCCCCCCCCUUCCUGUAUACCUGGACUCCAUGAAAACAAAGCACUUAUUAAAGGAGGCUGCCUGGUACUAAACCCGUUGUCUUGAUACCCGUGUAAGUGAUGUCUGAUUCUGGAAAUCCGGCUCAGGAAUUCUGUAUACACAGCAGUCAUGAACAAAUCCUGUUGUACUUGGUCCACCUCAGGAAUCAGGACACCUUCAGUGAUCAUCAAGUUCAGUUCUGUUGAAUCCGGCUCAUGGAUCCAGGCACCUGCAAUGUUGAAUACGUUCCGUUUUGGAUCCAGCUCAGGAAUUUGUGUGGUUGUGGUGAUGAAUAGAUUCUAUUGUUCUGGAUUGAAAAUGCAAGAGUUCACAAUUUUAGGUGGAUACGCUCAUCAGACUCUGUUAACGGUUUACUCCCUAUUUAGUUUGACCAAAGGCUGCUGAAUAAUUUCGAUUUUCUUUUUGUUUACAUUUAGGACUAAAACAUAACAAUUACUACUUAAUGUA